CUGGAUUCAUCGCCAAAAGGAACCAUACAGUCAUUGAUACAGGAUAAAAUUUGUGUGGACGAAAAAUCAAAUGUAUUGAGAACGUACAACGCUUUGGGCAGCACAGGGCGCAGUUUUCUUGUAACCUUUAUCCAGAAUCACAUUGAAGUAAAUGAAACUCAUAGAAAGAUACUUGUUUCUUCGGAAAAUGAUUUCAACAUGACGGUCACACUUUCAGAUAGUCGAAGUCCAAAUUUAUUAACUACAAGUACGCGCAGAACUGGAAAUAGGAUAUUGAAAAAGAUAAGUGUUCAUUAUUCGAUGAUUCCCGCUUAUUCGGUGAUAGAAUCUAAGGCUCUUCGUAUUACAACAUCAGCGUUGACGACUGUAUUAAUACUAGACGAAGGUGAAUACACAUCUGACAGUACCUUAGUUUUCCCCAUAGACAAGCUAUCUAAAUACUACAUUAUUUCAACAGCACCGCCUACAAGGGAAUUUCUGGACAGCGGAAGUCACUUUACGAUCGCUGCAACCACAGACAAUACCCAUGUCAGUAUAGUCUUUGCUAUAGAUCACAAUACUUCAAUUUCUCUUCAUGACAAAGAAUAUGGUAAUGGUGAUACUUUUACGGUAAUAUUAAAUAAUUUUCAAACAUUUCAAAUUGGACAUAAGGCAGAUUUGUCGGGAACAACGAUAAAUUCUACUCAGCCCAUUGCCGUAUUUGCAGGAAACAAAUGCAAUAAUUUAGGAUAUCACGGAGCAUGCAGCAUGCAAAUGGAAAUGAUUCCACCAGUUGACGAAUUCGAUGACGUUUUUAUCGUUCCACCAAACAUAAAUAGAUACCAAUCACUUGUAAGAAUAAUUGCACCUUUUCAAACAAAAGUUACAUACACUUUCGGUGGAAUGGAAACUACAACUACGCUUUUAAAAACUCGUUAUACGGAUUUCACCACUCGUGAAAACGAAAUAAGUCUCAUACAAUCUGCCAAACCCGUACUAGUUAAUGUUUUUGCCGCUGGUUCAACCAAAUCUCAGGUCUACGGUGACCCUUACAUGAUGACUGUUCCAGGAAUCAACCAGUAUCUCAAUCAGUAUAUUGUUGAUGUACCGGAAGGAUACAAUUUUAGUUUUGCAACUUUCAUAAUAAGGAAUGAAUCAAUAUUUCACCUCCAAAUUAAUAACACUAAUAUCCAUGAAUACGAUGUGGUCUUCCAUUCCACGAUAACAGUGGGACCAUAUCUAUUUGGCGUAAUGACAGUAAACGUACCUAGUGGCGUGAUUCAAGUGGAAUCAACAGACGGUUCUUUGUUUGGGAUGCUUAUCUACGGACAGAGGAGGCAUGACGGUCAUGGUUAUGCGGCAAAUGCUCUGUUAACAAGAAUUUGCAGAAAAUAA